UAUUCGUAUAAUAAAGACUUAGACAUAACAUGGAAUACAGAGAACCCGGACUUCACUCAGUGUUUCCACGACACGACACUCACAUGGACUCCAUGUGCCAUAUUCUGGGUGUUGUCCACAAUCGAGACCUACCGUAUAAUUCAGUCAAAACGAGUGCCACUUUCCUGGACUUUCCUAAACAUCACAAAAUUUGAAGGAAUCAAUGAGAAAACCACAGAUCUUGUAUUCAUCACUCAAAUGGCUUACUGUCCGAUCAUUAUCUGCCAAUUCAUUCUGUCGUGUUUUGCCGACACUAUUGUCACCAUAAAAGACAGGAAUUACAAAGUUGAAGAAUGUCCGCGAAACAGAGCAUCCAUCUUAUCAAUACUGACCUUCUGGUGGGUGAACCCAUUGGUACGGUUGGGUCACAAACGGCCGUUAACUCUGAUGGACAUGUGGUCACCAAACGAAGAGUUUAUAACCGAAUAUAAUUUGAAGAAUUUUAACCGACAUUAUUAUAAGUCAUAUCCGAAGAGUAGAAUCUUUCCCAUAAGUGGUUCCAAUUUUAAUGUCGUUCGACAGAAGAAUGAGAUUAAGAGAAGUCCUGGCAUUUUAAUGCCACUGAUGAAGACAUACUGGCGUUUUGUCAUAGUGUUAGUCCUAUUCAGGCUAUCCAGCGCUUUGAUCACGUUUAUAAACCCGACUGUUUUGGACUGGUUUAUCACAUUCAUGUCCGACCCGUCGCAACCCAUUUGGCGCGGAUUCUUAUACUGUUUCGCCCUUUUGGGACAAUUAAUGUUGUCAUCGCUGGUCAGCACUCAUAGCAUGUAUUACUCGCAACUCAUGAGACUCAAGAUGAGGGCCUGUAUAAGCAAUACCAUAUACAAGAAGAGUUUGGUUCUUUCCACUGAUGGUCGCAAGAGUUUUACAAUCGGAGAG